AGUUGGAACGGUCCGUUAUUUAGGUACAGUGAUUCAGUAGGAUAGCGUUUUUUUGCGUAAAUAAGGCAAAGUAAAUUUGGCUGAUUUCCCUAUUCGGCAGACGAGUCUAUAAACUGAACUCUCAAAAUCAAACUAUAAAAGGACAUACCUGUUAAACAAAAUACAGAUUUUAUAAAUUUAUCCUCUUUAAUGUAUAGUAGCUGAAAUAUGCCGCACAUCUUGCAAGCAGUAGGCCUAAGUUUAAUAUUUAUAGCGCAUUAUGUUCGAUCCGAUGGACCAGUCGUGGAAACAAAACUCGGAACUGUGACUGGAAUUCAAUAUACAUUCGUAUUCAAUGGAGUUACCUACAAUGUUUCCAGGUACCUUGGAUUACCUUUUGCGAAACCUCCAGUCGGAAACUUGCGCUUCCAGAAACCUGCACCAUACGGAAAUUUUACAAACAACACUUUACAGGCAAAGAGCUUUGGACAUUCAUGUGUCCAGUACGACCCGAUGGGAAAUGAACCCGACCAAAGCGAAGAUUGUCUGUUUCUUAAUGUUUUUGUUCCUGAACAGACCCCUGAUAACUCUUCCAGACAUGCUGUGAUGAUCUUCGUUCAUGGCGGGGGACUUGUAACUGGAAGUGCGAAACAAUAUCCGGCGGAUACUCUCGCAUCUGUUGGAAAUGUCAUAGUGGUUACCAUCAAUUAUAGACUUUGGUUGUUUGGAUUUCUUGAUAUGGAUACGCCUAGUGCACCGGGAAACAUGGGUCACUGGGAUCAACAUAUAGCCUUUAAAUGGGUCAGUGAUAACAUUCAUUCAUUUGGUGGUGACCCGGAAAGGAUCACAAUCUUUGGGCAAUCCGCAGGGUCAACAAGUGUGACUCUCCAAUCUAUGUAUCCUGAAAAUCAUAUGCUUUUUCGAGGGGUGAUCACUGAAAGUGGAACAAUCUCUUUAUUAACCCAAGUAAUGAGAUCUGAAAAUAUAAACCUGGCUAUGUUAAUGGCAGAAAAAAUGAAAUGCAAUACAACGAGUAUGAAAUCAAAAGAAAGCAUACUGAAAUGUUUUCAAGAAACGAGCGCUGAGAAAUUUGUAGAAACACUAGCUAACACUUUAAUGAACUCUCCUAUGGAGGGACGCGAUUUAUAUUCUUUUUUUACCACAAUUGACGGAGAAUUUCUAAAAAGAAACCCACUGGAACUGCUCAAAGAUAUUGAUGGUUUGUCAGAUGAGGUGCAGUUUUUACGAUCACUAAAUUUGAUAAACGGAUUCAACACUGACGAAGGGUCGCUUUGGGUAAUGGGUCUUCCGGGUGGUUUCGAAGACACAUUUAACAUUUCGCGUGAAAGUAUGAAUUCUGUCCAUAUUCCAAGUAUGUAUCCAAUAGUGUUCGGGCCGGACACCGAGAUACCGGAUGUUGUAAAGGGUGUUAUCGCCCAAGAAUAUACAGACUGGAGAGCACCGGACGAUCCAGUUUAUUUGUUACAUCAGUUUUCAAAAAUGAACGGUGAUAUUUAUAUGGGGGUUCCUGCCAUAGAGUACUCAAGGCUCCAUGCUCAUAGCACAAACACCAGCAGCUAUCUUUACCAUUUCGAAGCAGCCAUGAAUGGACAUGCUAUUGCGUCGCCACGCUGGGUACAAGCUUCCGCCCACGGAGACGAGCUUGCUCCGUUGUUUGGCUUCCAGUUUCCAAAGCUUGCUAAGAAUAUGACCGUGAUUCUACCAGAAGGCUGGGAAAAGGAACUGUCUGAGAGAUUGAUAGGUUACUGGACAGCUUUUGCAAAAUAUGGGAACCCAAACGGACAACGUGGGGACAAUUGGCCAACCUACAAUAUCACAGAUCAGAAAUACAUGAAAAUAGAUAGGACUGACAAUGUUGGACAAUAUUUAUAUGCACGAGAAACAGACUUUUGGCGGGAAUUGAUACCUUCGAUCAAAAGGUCCGCGGUAGCAGAAUGCUCCGAUUCAGGACCUAUCUCGUCAGCAAGUACCGGAACAGUUGAAAUGUUAAGCAUAGUCUUUGUAUAUGCAUGCGCAUUGAUGGCAGUAUAAACUUUCUCGAAAGGGCCUCAUUCCAAUGUGCUCGGUUGAAAAAAAAUAUUUUCAUCAUUUAGACAUAAAUAGAUAUAAAAUACACGAAGAAAUAAAACAGGUUGGGAAAGCCAAGCAGUUUGAAUUUCACAUACGAAUCAUGAAGAGUGUGGACUUUGAUCUUUAUUUCAGACUGUUUACACUUCUUUAACAUCACAGGAUUUUUAUACUUUACAGGGAUACUGCAAAAUCUCUUCGAGUUUAAACGCUCAUAAUGUUUUUGUUUAAAAUGUGGCAGCCACAUUUUCUCUUAUGAACACAAAAUACAUUAAUUUCUUGCUAAAUCCUAUUUGUUAUAAUUAGUUUUUGUAACACUUGGCAAAGGUUUGAAUAUUUCUGCAUAUACUAGAAUGUUUUA